UGCCUAGUCCCGAUCAAUAUGUUCAGUAUAUAGGCUAUAGAGCCGAGGCAUCAUGGAAGCAUGAGGCUAAUUUAUGUAGUCAAAGAGAGACGAGAUCCCAGAAACAGUGUUUAAUUCACACAAAAGGUCGACUUUCGGGGAGCAGUGGCAUUGCUUGUCUGGGUUAUAUGCUACAGUUUAUGGGUCUACUGUUUAUCAGAGUGAAACGAUCUCCGUUCCUGGGGGGGGCUUCUCGCUCCCAGCGCCGAGGAUUCGUUAAAAGUCGACUUUUGUGCUGCGUGCGGAGCUUCAAUUUGGACAUCCCCUCGCCUCGCGUCAAAGGGAUACGAGAGAUUGGCAAAUAAGCACACGGCGUUUUCCCCCACACACAUCCACACAACACUCACAGGGCACAUCGCGGCGGAGCUCUCUGUGCGCGACAGACAGCGGUCGAACUUCAGACGCGCCGGAGGUCCUCUUCUGCUCUGGACCGGAAUGCUUCCCGUGGCUUUUUGUUGGCCCCCGUUGUAGUUUGUUGACAUCUAGGGAGUUACUUUUUUUUUUAUUGAGGAGGUUUGUCGACUCAUCUGUUGCCUUUUUCUUUAUUUUUCCAGUGUUUUACUCCGACUCCCUUGACUUUUUUCUACAAGAGGAACCGACAUGGAGAUAUACGUGUAUGCAUUGCUUUUGCAGUGUUUUGUCUGUAGUUUUGUCCCCUCCGCGAUCGCUUUUUCGGAGGAGCCCCCCAGAUCCGACGGGUUCUGCAGUCGUAUCCUCCGGGCGCAGACACAGGGGACUCGGAGGGACGGGUACCACGAGUUUAGACUUCGGGUUGAGGGGGACCCGGAGACCUACCAGCCGGGGAGCUCUUACAGAGUGGUCCUGCUUGCCUCCAGCCCUGCGUACUUCAGAGGCUUUACCCUCAUCGCUCUAAAGGAGGGCAGAGAGGGCACAGCAGAGGGCCAUUAUGCCGGUCAGUUCCAGAUCAUUGAGGAGGAGGACACCCAGUUCAUGACCAACUGCCCCCCCGCGGUGACGGAGACCACCCCCCGACGGCGCACCAGGAUCCAGGUCCUCUGGACGGCUCCCCCAGCGGGCAGCGGCUGCGUCAUACUCAAGGCCAGCAUCGUCCAGAAGAGGGUCAUCUACUUCCAGGAAGAGGGCUCCUUAACCGUGCGACUCUGUGAGAAAGAGCACGUUCCCGGGGAGGCCACGCUGCCUCCGGCCACGGAGUGCUGUGCGUGCGGAACAGCCAAGUACAGACUCACCUUCUUUGGAAACUGGUCGGAGAAGAUCCAUCCCAAAGACUUCCCCAGACGGGCCAACCACUGGUCUGCCCUGAUCGGGGCGUCCCACGCCGCGGGGUACACGCCCUGGGAGUACGGGGGCUACGCCAGCGAGGGCGUCCGGCAGGUGGCCGAGCUGGGCUCUCCCAUCAAGAUGGAGGAGGAGAUCAGGCAGAAGGUAGGCCUCGCUGGGGUUUGACUUUAACCCUGCUUU